AUGCAAGAACCCAACACCGCUAAUCGCGCUAGCAACAGACGAGGUCAGGUCAUCCCCUACAUCCCCAACGCAGGUUUCCGUGUGAAAGUGGCGCUCGAUAACGGAAUCAAAACGCAGUCCCGAGUGCAUCCGAGUCCAGGCAGCGCUCGCACACUUGUGUGGGCGCUCCCAUUGACGGCAUCAUGCAACAUGGUGACGGAGGAGAAUGAUGAGCAUCCGCACACCGAGGAAGAGAAGACACCGACCCAGGAGAAGGACAGUAACCUGUUGUCCCGGUCCGAUAGUACCGAGAUCUUGAUCCAGAGCAGCAUGGACGACAUCUUUGACGUGAUCAAGGCCGGGGAGCUAUCGGAGGUCGAGAAACUGGUGGAGAAGGUUGGCCCGGAAGCGUUGAGUGCUCGUGAUAAACAUGGGUACACUCCAGCUCAUUGGGCUGCUUUGGAUGGCAAUGUGGAGAUGAUGCGUUACCUGGUGGAGCGCAAUGCUCCGGUUGACUUACCAUGUCUGGGAACGCAGGGUCCAAGGCCUAUUCAUUGGGCUUGCAGGAAAGGCCAUGCAGCUGUAGUUCAAGUUCUGUUGCAAGCUGGAGUGGCAGUGAAUGCCGCGGAUUUCAAAGGGUUGACUCCGUUGAUGACGGCUUGUAUGUAUGGUAGAACGGCAACUGCGGCCUACUUGUUGGGCAUGGGUGCUCAGAACCAUCUAACGGAUAUCAAUGGCGAUACGGCUCUUCAUUGGGCAGCGUACAAAGGUCAUGCCGACUUGAUUAGGCUUCUGUUAUACUCCGGUGUAGAUCUCCAGAAAACGGAUAACUUCGGAUCGACUCCGUUGCACCUGGCCUGUCUGUCUGGGAAUUUACAAUGUGUGAAGAUCCUGUGUGAAAAGCGCAAUCUGGAGUUGGAACCACGAGACAAGAAUGGGAAAACUCCGUUGAUGUUGGCUCAAAGUCAUCGCAACAACGAUGUGGUAAAACUGCUGCACAAUGAGAUCAAGAAGAAGUCCAGAUGGAUGCCUCCGAUCUCGGAGAUUUGGAGCUUGCUGUUUGGAGGCGCUGGUGCAUCCAAGGGUCCAUUGAUCUUGUUUCUUUUUUCGGUACUCCUUUGGGGUUAUCCGAUGUACAUGAUCAGGUGCAUUCCAAUCACGUGGAACGUACUGCGAAGAUCACACUAUUGUUUCAUCUACUGGAAUGCGGUCAUGUGGAUCAGCUGGAUCAUUGCUAAUCGUCGAGACCCCGGAUACAUUCCGCUGAACUCCGAUACCUACUAUCGAGCCAUCAAGCAAAUUCCAUACUUCGACAAGUGGAAGAAACGUAACGUGAUUUUGUCUCGGCUGUGUCAUAGCUGUCGAUGUCUGAGACCACUCCGGGCAAAGCAUUGCCGUAUAUGCAACCGAUGUGUUUCGUACUUCGAUCACCAUUGUCCGUUUAUCUACAAUUGCGUCGGGCUGCGUAACCGCAUGUGGUUCCUGCUGUUUGUUCUGAGUGUAGCAAUCAAUUGCUCUUUCACAAUCUACUUUGCCUGUUAUUGCGUUAUGAUCGAAGGAUUUAGUUUGCUGUACGUGUUGGGAUUGGUGGAGGCAUUCGUUUUCUGUGGACUAGGAUGGAUUCUGACGUGCACUUCGAUCCUCCAUGCAUGCAUGAAUCUUACAACCAACGAGAUGUUUAACUACAAGCGCUAUCCUUAUCUGCGGGACAAACGUGGCCGCUACCAGAAUCCGUUUUCCCGCGGACCGGUGCUGAACUUGUUCGAAUUUUUCGUCUGCUUGCCAGACCGCCAGGACGAGCAGGACUUCAUGCUGGACGAAAAUCUUUGAAAAUUACCGAACCCGAGCGUGAAAAGGAAACGACUAACCAGCAGCUAGACGCGGCUGAGUUCGAUUUUGCUCUGCAUUUUCUUCACCUCCCAACUAGAAUUCGGAUACAAGGCACCCAAAGCCAAAAGGUUUAUCGAUGCUUCGGGCUUGGGAAUCAUAGCGAUUCUACUUUGCUUAUGCGCGUGUAUCGUCGUCGAACAGUGAGUGCAUUGAGCGCGAGUGGCUUAACUUAACUUCUUAACAUAAUAGUGAAAUCAAAUUGAGAAGGGAAGUUCUUUCAUAUUCUGACCUACAUGACUUGGAGGUCCCAAUGAAUUGGUUAUAAUCUACGUUGAUUAUUCCUCCAAAUGUCUGAGUACACGAAAGUUUCGAUUUUCGUUUAGGAUCUAUUCUAACUUACUAUCCAUUUUGGCAUUUUUUUAUAUACUUCCAAUCGAUACUUACUUUUAGAAUAUUUUGUACGUUUUUGAUGAUAAUUGAUGUUAAGUUUUGUAGACAAUGUUAUAUUUUAUGAGAGGAAUCAUAUGGUUCUAAACGUUAACCUAAAAUCACGAAUGUUUGUUACAGUUUAGAACCAAAAGUUCAGGCGAACUUAACCAUAUUUUGAAUAAAAAAGGAUCUUAGAUAUACAUACACUUUAUGUUAUAAUAGGUCAGCGCACUUCCGAAGUAAAAUCUACUAAUCUGCGUAUUUUCGUUUACUUAAUGUACGGGAGUGUAUGAUGAUUCAUUAGAUUGCACAAAAAUAGGCUUAUGUUCAAAUACUUCUAGAUUAACCAUCAAAUCAUCCCGGAACUACACGACUACAUAUUGCGAGAUGCGAUGGACAGCAGUGAAUACUUGCGAAGGUGUUUUACUUGUUACAUCAGGUGUACGUUAAUUAUUGGUAUGCUAUUUAGAAAACAAAGUUUAUACCAGAUCUCGAAGAAACAGAUAUUUUUAUCGUAAAAUUUAUCGGAUUCACAGCUUCAAAUAAAUAAUUCUUAUCAAA